UUUUUUUUUUAUCCUCGCCUUCUCUUGCACGAUCCGGGACGCACGCGAGCCGAUACCAAACGUUACUUUGUGCCACCCGCCCGCCGCGAACUGAACACACACACUCCCACAGAGCUCCCCGCCAAGGGUCACAUCGUCUGCGCCAUGCUCGACGAAAGCCUCCCGACGUACCGCUUCAAAGUGUCGUCGGAAAACCCGCUCAAUACCAUCCUCUACUUCACGCACAACGGCUCCGACCCUUCCGCCGAAUACCUCGUCAAGCGCCCCGCGCCAUCGUCGGCCCCGAACCAGUACGCGCUCGGCCUGCUCGACCCGCAGAACGCCGCCGUCAUCUACGCCGAGGUGCUGCUCAAGCCCGAAUGGACCCAGCCCACCCUCUCCGCCGCCGAAGUCCGCGCCGGCAACGGGCCCGCGUCGCAGUCGCCCGUCACCCCGGACACGUUCGCCCUCUCGCUCUACAACCCGGACCAGACCGUCCCUGUGAAGCUGCAUACCGGCAGCUGGGGCAAGUCGGACUCGUGGGAGUUUGAGAUUCCCGAGCGCACCUUCAAACUGCCCAGCGUGAGCCGCAUCGACCAGGAUGCCGACCGCCCCCCAGUCUCCGAGCUCGUCCCCAAGCUCGUCUUCCGCUGGAAGCGCGAUGGCCGCAAGGACAUGACGUGCUACAUGACGGGCAAGACUGUGGCGGGCAAGAAUAGCAAGGAGCCCGAUAUCACAGUGGCGUUCUUCCGGGGAAAGAACGACUCCAUCUUGACCAUCUACGAACCCAAUAUGGCCCGCGUCGAGGUCGAGGAUCGCAAAGGCCUCGAGAUGGCUCUCCUCCUGAGUGCCGAGGUCAUUCGGGACCUAUGGGUGAACCCACGCAACAACCCUUUCAACAUAUCCAGCUCCGCACCAGCGUCAAGCGGUCGCAGACGCAACACAUCACCGAGGGUUACCACUCCCCCCGGAGCAACAAUGUCUGGUGCGCUAGGAAACCAGCGUCCCUCGUCGCCUCCUCAAACACAAGUCUCUCCAAUCCAGAUGUCUCCCGACGAGACCGCCCGCCGGCAGGCCGAGAUUGAAGCAGAGACACAAAGACUCAAGGCCAUGGUGGCCGAAGAAGAGCGCCAGGCUCGUGAGCGUGAGAGGGUCCAGAAGGAAGAGCGGAAGCGCGCCCAGAAGAUUCAGGAGAGGGAAGAGAAGGAGCGCCGCAAGCGCGAGGCUGAGAUUGACAAGGAGACGGAACGACUCCGCCGCGAGUUCGGUAUGGAAGGUCAGGAGUACACGAGCCCGACCAGUCCGACCAUCCCUGAGCCACGAUUGCCUCCACGCCCCCAACCCCAACUCGGCGUCCCAAACCCAGGGCUUCCUCCGCGUCCAGUAAGCGUCGGGCCGAUGCAGAUGUCCUCGUCGCAACCAUACUUCGCACCGCCCCCACAGCAGUUGCAAGCACCUCCCAGCGGGAACAAUGGCGGGGGGAAGAAACGGCAUGGCCUGGGAGGCCUGUUCCAGAGCGGAGGGCCCUAUGGGGGACCGGCGGCAGCAACCGUGAGCGGAUUCUUUGGCGGCCGGACAGAGGAGGACAAGCGGAAGAAGGUGCAGAAGAAACGGAGCGUGCAUUUCUAAGCAUGUUGAUGGAACUGUUUAGAUUGAUUUUGGGACUUGACAUGUUUACGUGGGUGGGGGAUAUACCAUGGGCCAUGGAAGGAAGGCCUGGGAACAUAUUGGGCUACUAUACGGACACGGGAAUACUGAUGAAAUGAUGACGGUAUCACAAUAUAUUGCUUUUAUUUUCUUA